CACAAACUCAGCACUAGAUACAUAUUUCCAUCUAACGAUAUCGGCACACACUCAUCAUGGCAAUCCUUUUGACUGGAGGCACGGGCAAAACAUCAAUCCGAGUAGCGCGCUUCCUCCAAAAUGAUAAUAUCCCUUUCCUACUAGCCUCCCGCCGCGGCCAGUCCGCCGCUCCUCCCGACAUGCCAGCUGUCAAGUUCGACUGGUUAGAUAAGGAUACCUGGCGCAUUCCGUUCGACUACAAGUUUGUCAGGGACCAGGUAAUCUCCGCCAUCUAUCUGAUGGAACCCCAGGCGCCGGAGCCAUGGAAGCCCUUGAAUGAGUUCAUUAACUACGCGCUGGAGGAGCACGGCGUCCGUCGAUUCGUUCUCGUGGCCGGUAGCUCGGCCGAAUGUGGGCAGCCGGGCAUGGGCAUGGUUUGGCAGCAUUUUCUGGACAAGCAGGUGGACUGGUGUGUUCUUCGGCCGAGUUGGUUUAUGGAGAAUCUAACCGAGGAUGGCCCGCGCCAACUCAUCCGGGACCAAGGCAAGAUUUAUACUGCCUGCGGCCAGGGCAAAAUUCCCUUCGUCAGCGCUAUGGAUAUCGCGGCCGUCGCCUAUCGCGCUCUGACGGAUCCCGAGUCACACAACUGUGACCACCGGGUGUUGGGCCCUGAACUAUUGACGUACGAUGAUAUCGCCGAGAAGCUGAGUCAUGUCCUGGGACGAACGAUCGAGCACGUCAAGCUUUCAGGAGAGGAGCGGUACCGAGGCCUGGUAAACGCGGGUGUCUCCGAGUACUAUGCGGGCUUUUUGACAAAGCUGGAGGUUGCGGCCUCAGCUGGGUUUGAAACACGGGAGAAUGAUGAAGUUGAAAAGGUGACUGGGCGACCUCCGAGGAGCUUCGAUCUCUUUGCGCAGGAGAAUCGGUCGGCCUGGGUCCCAGAGGGCAAAUGAUCAUCUGCAAUUUGUGCAGUGUAACACUUUCGGUGAAGCCAACUCCACUCACUAAAUGGAGGAAGUGUCAAUCAGGAAGGCGACCUUUAGCCCGAACGAUUAUAAUGCUCCGUCGUUCACCGAGUAUGUGAUGUCUGGCCGCUAUAUGCCUCUUUCCUUGGUAAACGUCGAGAAGAGGCGUAAGAGAGGCGACCUCGAGAAUUUCAAGUGCACAGAUAUAGUUAGAGCUCGCAGAUAUGCAGG